AUGGUUAAACCCUCGCCAGAGAAAAAAACCCAAACCAGUAUAAGCAAGACGCAACAACAUUUCAAGGGAGUGGGAAUGAGAAAAUGGGGGAAAUGGGUUUCCGAAGUGAGAGUUCCCUAUUUGAAAGGACAUGGUAAGAUUUGGCUGGGAUCUUAUGAUACCCCUCAACAGGCCGCUCGGGCUUACGACUGUGCUGUUUACUGCCUCAGGGGACCUCAAUCAAAGUUCAAUUUCCCCGACUCAUUGCCGGAAAUUCCAUCGGCCUCUAUGCUCUCUCACGCACAAAUUCAGGCCGUUGCAGCCAAGUUCGGCAAGGAAGAAUUCCGGCAGGUGCUCGAUUGUAACGCCACAUUUUCUGGUUCGGAAUCACAGUCGUGUAUUUACAGUCAACAAAGUUUAGAAGAGCCCGAUUUGGGGGUGUUAGAUUCACUUCUUAAGGAGGUAGAGAGAUUUGAGUCUCCGAUUACAGAGGAUUUGGGACUGCUAGACUCACUUUUUAAGGAUGUCGAGAGUUUUGAGAGUCCGAUUACAGAGGAUUUGGGACUGCUAGAUUCACUUUUUAAGGAGGUAGAGAGAUUUGAGUAUCCGGUUACAGAGGAUUUGGGACUGCUAGACUCACUUUUUAAGGAUGUCGAGAGUUUUGAGAGUCCGAUUACAGAGGAUUUGGGACUGCUAGACUCACUUUUUAAGGAUGUCGAGAGUUUUGAGAGUCCGGUUACAGAGGAUUUGGGACUGCUAGACUCACUUUUUAAGGAGGUCGAGAGUUUUGAGAGUCCGAUUACAGAGGAUUUUCUUCCGCUGGACAGGUUAUUAGAGGAUACUGAAUUUCUGAAGGUCGUUUUCUCCAGAGGAUGGACGGAAGACUCGUCGGAUUUCUCAAUUUCGAACAACUAA